CUAGAGUGACCGUACUCGCCGCCGACGACUGUUGCGAACACUUGAUCGCCAAACCCAAACCUAAACAGACGCAAAUUUUGUAAACUAUGCUGUAGGUGGACGCGAAUUCUGGAACUGCAGCCGCAGGAGCACGUCAAGGAAAAUGGCAGCGAAGCGGGCGGAAAGUCCGAAGAAGCGGACGAGUCCGGAGCACACGCAGCGUGGCCUUACCACAAAGGUAGCGCUCCGGCGUCUGCAUGAGGAGAUUGAAAAACGGGUGCAACAGGAACACGAGCGGCAAUACGGAGCAGAGAGCUCCUAUAGAAAAUUGCGCGCAGCCUUUGUGAAGCGGUACGAUAGCCCACUGGGUUGGCUUUCCAUUGGGAGCAGUUUGCUGGCCAGUGGAGCCCUGCUCGCAACGGGAAUGCUAUGGCCCGCCUUGUGCCUGCUGGCCAUCUUAACGCUUGACCUCUUUGUGGUGGUACGGGAGAACAACCUGCGUCGUACAGAGAUCUUCCGGAAGGCACGACACGCGCUUUCGGAAAUAAAACUAGCGGAGCAGCACUUCAGCGAUGAUUGGCAGCAAUCCAACUAUCCGCACCUAAGUAAUCCCAUGUCGCCCUGCGUUUCCCUGCAGUGGACCUACCGAGAUGGAAAAAUUGUCAACUUGCCCUGGGCUUUGUUGGUGCGCGGCGAUUACAUUGUCUUACGACCGGGACACAUUUCACCGGGACCCUGUCACGAAGUGGAGACAAAUAAGUUCUUCGCAACUAAUGAAAUAUAUGGAGCUGUUCCCCACGGAGAUCCUCCGGUAAAACCUGUGGCACGUCCUCCGUUGCCCGAUCUCGUUUGCUGUUUGGAAAGCACACCCUACCUGGACAACCUUACCCUCUGCCUCAAGAACUCUCUGAAGCGACCGCCAACUAUUUACAAUCAGCAGCGCUAUCUGCUGGUCACCAAGUACAUACAGCAGUGGGGCUUCAUUAGUGCCCUGGUUAUCACGCUCAUCUCGGGGCUUCUGCGCCUCCAUGGCUACGGCCUGCCUACCGACGAGAAGCACAACUGGCGCUUUGUGCUCGUUGAAUCCUCGGCGGCGGCAAUAGUUCCGCUUCUGCCGCUUAUCUUUCCGCUCAUGUGGAUAUCCAUGAACCUGUGGGGAAUCGCGCGCCUGCAGUGCUUCCUUAAGACGCCUCAGGCUGCCUUGGAAAAGAGUACAAGCAAAUCAUUUGAAGAGGACUUGGACACACCCUCGUACGACUAUCAGAAUAUGUCGAUGCUUCGUUCCAGUGUGCUCCGCAUCUGGAUGCAGCUGUGGCGGGGUGACAGUGAACUCUUGCCACGCUCAGCAAAUCUGGUACAGGUGCUGGGCUCCAUUUCGGCGCUGUGCUGCGUGGACAAGAAAGGUAUCCUGUCAUGGCCCAAUCCCACCGCCGAAAAGGUAUUCUUCCUGCACAACACAGACGAGGAGGCUCGCGAGGAUGGAGCAGGCAGUCAGUCUUCUUCCCAGAGCGAGAGCGACGACGUACCGGAUGUGGAUGAGGACCAAGGCGGAUGUGGUACUGAUCUCCAUGCACAUGCCACAGGACGACAGUGGCAUGACAAGGCACACUGGAUUUUGUAAAUUCUCUAACGUAAUUCAAUUUUUCUAGGUCUCGCCAUUCUGCUAAACACCUGUUCUCCACUUACCCACGAACAUUACGCACAGUUCUGCGGUCAUGUAACCGCGGUGGCUAUGCUCGACAAAGAUCUGGUACCUGUGACUAAUCGGUAUGCGUAUGCACUCAUUGAGUCCAGUAAAAGCUUUUUGCAUGGACGCUGCCUCUGCGAGCUGGCCAAGCAGAUCGGAUUCACCGAUCAUGCUACGGAUCGGUUCGCGCUGGAGGGUCAAUUGGCCAGCUACCGGCAUUUGCAACCAGAUGUUGUGCGAAGGGACAUUCGUUUCGCCCGCCAGCUACAGCUGUCUUCCAAGGUGAAGGUUCCAUUCCCGCACUCUUUGUCUGUGGUAAUGCGCGAGAAUCCAGGCGGCUAUUUGUCACUUUUCACCCAGGGAACAGCUGACAUUAUUCUGGACUGUUGCGAUGACUUUUGGGACGGCAUUGAUCUGCGACCCCUGUCAGCCCAGGAUCGCAAGCGUGCAUUGGAUUUUUAUCAGCGCAGCGCGUUGACCUCCUAUUGCACUGCCUUUGCCUAUCGCCCUCUGAGGCACGGCAUCCAUGGAGCACUUAGCGGCCCUCAACGGAGUGGAGGUGACUGUUUGUAUCUGGAGCUACCGCCGGAAUCGAAGCUGCGCAUGCAGCACGUAGACAAGACCCACUGCGACUUCCAGGCCGGACAUCACGUCAAGCUGAGCCACAGUAUUAGCACGGACUCAUUGUUAUUUUCGGAGAGCAAGGACGAGGAGUGUAACGAUGUGGAGGGCUGUUUCGAGAUGCAGUGCCAUCAGGUGUUUAUCGGCAUGGUGACAAUGCAGUACCAGGCACAGAACGAUAUCGUACGGCUAGUUGAGCAUCUCGAACAGGCCUGCAUUCGCUUUGUCCACUUUAGCAAAGAAAACGAACUGCGCUCGCGUGUCUUCUCUGAGAAGAUGGGUCUAGAGUCCGGGUGGAACUGCCACAUCUCGCUGCUGAGCGAACCGGAGCCGGACAGUGAGAAGGAGCGGACAAGUGCGAAGCCCAAGGAGUUCCCGGAAAAUAUUGGUAAACCCCAAGCCACCACCUCAACCACUGCCACCACCACUACAACAGACCAUGAGAACAACCAUCAUCCCAGUGCCAAAGUCAUGUACAUAUCGCCCCCCGCACCCGCACCUGCCACUGCAUCUGUAUCCGAAUCCAUAUCUGCAGCUAAAACCACUGAAAUUGUAGGUGACGGCCCAGAAAUUAGUUAUCUCUUAGGACCGCCAACCAAUCUGGAGUCGUCAAAGACCCUCAGCUCUUCAGCUCCUGGUGCCAUUUCCAACCCGGAUGAGUGCAAUCCACCUAAUGCCCUCAAUGGUGAGGAUUCCCAUUCCCCUGAUAGCGAGGGCAGUAAGGAGAGCUCGCAGGAUAGCUGCACAAAGAAUAAUCCACCAGGUGAUUCCGAGUUGGAGGCGGAACCCGAAACAAAUAAGCACAAGCAGCGCCAUUCUCUGGACUCCGCCAUGGACGAAAACUGCCGUUCUUUGAGUACUCUCACUGAAAGCACAGAUCAGAGUGCACCCAUCAACUUUGAUAUGUCCAAUAGGGCAAAGCUGCCAAGAGGCAUUGAAAACAUUCGGCCGCAUUUGGAACAGGUUGACAACGUCCCACUGCAAGUCUCUCUUUUUACGGACUGCUCAGCGGAAGCCACGCGUCAGAUGCUGGACAUCAUGCAAUCCUACGGCGAGAUCGUUGUCUGCCUUGGAAGUUCGGCCAGUAAUGCCAAUGCCGACAUUUUCUUGCAGGCCGACUGCAGUAUAGCCGUAGAGCCAUUGUAUCCGCAAGUGUGCCAGGAUGUGGACGCGUACACGGAAGCGAAUAUCCAAAACAACAAACUGUUGUGGCAGCGGCAGUCUGGCAAGUCCAAGGGCCAUGAUGAUGAGGAGCUUCUGGAGGGUGGCCUUCAGGGAUGCGCCAUGCAGUCGCCAGCUCACACCAUCUCCCCACUGUAUUUAAGCCGACUGCUCAACUCUCUGCCCUGUUCCAUUGCCGUUUGCCGCGACGACCCGCUUUCGCUGGUGGCCAUAAUUGAGCUGUCACGUCGCUUCUCUCUGGGCCUGUGGAACUGCAUCCAGUACUGGGCAUGCUGCGCAGGCUCUAUCUCCAUUCUGAACGUGCUGUGCGCGUGCCUCUCGCUGCCCCCGCUUGUAACCCCGCUGCUUGGCAUUUAUCUGAUGUGUGUGCCGGUGCCGCUAAUAGCCAUUUCGCUAGCCCACAUCGACGUGGACCCCAAGAUCAUGAAUCGGGCAACAAGCAAAAAGCAGACCGACUAUGAUUCUCGCGCCUUUGCCUUUGUCAUGUGGUGCUACGGCUGCAAGUUUAUCGUUCUGGUCGUGUCGUUGCUUGUUUCCUAUUGGAUGCUUUUGCCAAACACCCAAUUGAAUCCCACUGAACCAGCCACUGAGGAACCCGACGAUGGUGACGAUCCGGAGUUUUAUCAAUUUCUUUACAUCGCCCGAUGCUCUGCCUUGCUAGGCAUAAUCCUACACUUUGUUUUCAUUUCUGUCACCUUUGUGCAUCGCGACCAUGCGCUCUGGCAGCGCAAUCCAUUUACCAAUCGUAUCUGGGCUUUUACAUGUUUGUUGUUGGUCCUCAUCCACGGUAUUAUUUGCUGUGUGCAACUGCUUCUGGAGGAUAUCUGGGUUCAGCUUCCAAACCAGUGGGUGGCCCUGUUGAUCUUAUUUGGUGGCAGCUUCCUGAGUAUGCUUGUCAGCGAGCUAGCAAAGUUCCAGGAGAACAAGGUUAACGCGCGCUAUCAGCGUCGGGCGCGUCUUGACUUUGGUACCAAAUUGGGCAUGAAUUCGCCCUUCUAAGAAUCACGGCUAAGACUUACCAAGCAAAAAGACGCCAAGGCUGUAUAUAACACCAUCACUCGACAUACUUCUUACUACUUUUCCGAUUCUGACCAUCAGUCUGGGUAUCCAUAGACGAAGUUGUUUCUGUCAGCAUUUGUUUAAACUGUUUUAGGUUCAACAUCGUUAUUUUAGCCACUAGUACUUACACAUGUUUAUUUUAGUUUGUGACACCCAAUCGAGUAACGACCACACAUUUGUUAUUCUUGUUUCUAAAACGGUUUGUUUCGAGUUCCUUGUUUCAAUGAGAAAAACCUUUGUGUACUAACAUGUAAAAGACUUGCAAUUAUUGUAUGUAAUAUAUGUAUGGUUAAACUGAAGUCCCAUCUUUAAACAAGUAAAA